UAUAGCCAUUUUCAUUAAUUUUAAAUCAAUAAUGUAAAUAGCAGUAAUAAACUAAACAAUGAAAAAUAUUAGAAAUUAUAUAUUAUAAUCACACCUGGCUGUUACAGUCUAAACAGAUGUCAUAACUCAUAAGAACAUUAACUGAAAUCUCACGGUGGAGAAGGAUUUGGAGAAAAGCCGUACAAUAAUCAGAUAAUGACGUGGCCGGUUUCGGAGGUUCACAAUUAACUUCAUUCAACUACCUUUGUUUCUCUCUCCAUCUCUUCUCCUUCUUCUUCCCCUUUCUCUCUCCUCCCGAUCUCCGCUUUCUCUCUCCUGUCACUCACACUUUCUUAUAUCUCAUCGUCGCCGGAACAGAGCCGGAAAUAGUUCCGACUAACAGUUCUCCUCGAUGGGAGAUCAACCAGAACCAAAGAUGAAAAUUGAGGAGGAAGUGCAGAAGGUAGUAGAGCAAGCAAAGGAAGUGCAAGAAGUAGCAUCAUCAUUGAUUUCCAAGUCAUUAAAGGAAGAGAAAGAUCUUCAACAACGUGCUCUUUCACUCGAUGCAUCCAUUACUAAACUUGGUCGCUCAAUCAGUUCUCUCACACGUGAUGGUCAAAUCGAUUCUAGGCUAGCAGAGAAGCUUGAGGAAGAAUUGAAUAGAGCAAAAUGUAUUUUUUCGGAUGGAGACGCUUCAUCAUUUCUUCCUGGCAAAGUAGAGAGUAAGUUUUUAAAGAUGUUUCUUGGUCCUAUUAAUGUGCGCGCUAUGAGAAAGGAUGUGCAGUUGAAAGUCAAGGAGGAGUACAAUAAACGGAAAGACAAAAUUGCUUUUUUGUUUCUUCUUUUUCCCUCAAUGCUACUGAUUCUUAGAUCUUGGAUUUGGGAUGGCUGCAUGCCCGCUUUUCCAGUUCAAUUGUAUCAGGCUUGGCUUUUAUUCCUUUAUACAGGUUUGGCUUUAAGAGAGAAUAUCUUGAGAGUGAACGGAAGUGAUAUUCGUCCAUGGUGGAUAUAUCAUCAUUACUGUGCAAUGGUAAUGGCUCUUGUGAGCCUUACUUGGGAAAUUGAAGGUCAACCUGAAUGUGCACAGAAGCAGAGAGGGGUACAACUUUUUCUACAAUGGGCCAUCAUGCAAGGAGUUGCAAUGCUAUUGCAAAAUAGAUAUCAACGACAGAGGCUGUACACCCGCAUUGCACUUGGAAAGGCCAAGAGAAUGGAUGUUGUGUGGGGAGAAACAGCUGCAGAGCGUGGCCAGCUUUGGCUACUGUGCCCUAUACUUUUCAUUUUGCAGGGCUUUGAGGCAUAUGUUGGAUUGUUGUUGCUUCAAACAGCAUUAGCUGGAGUAUCAUCAGAAUGGCAGUUCUGAUGGCUGUUGGAAAUUUCGCAAACACAGUGCAAACAUUACUGGUUAAAUCGCGGUUUAAGGCGAAAAUGAAGAGGACUAGAAGUAAGCAGCAAUUAGAUUAGGAAUACUCUUGAUACUACAUUUCUUCUUUUUUUUCUUUAUAUAUAUUUAUGUUCCUGCUUGUUAUUUUUUGAAGUGUAGUGUGCUGAAGGUUGUCAUUUAGUUAUCAAUUUUUUUCAAAUUUCUUUUAAUUCCAAAAGGAGGGUGAAAAAUCAUGUGUAUAAUUGUUAAAUUACCACAGGUUUUGACAGUCGGUACUUUUGAGAUAGAUGGAUAAUAAGGAUUUCCGAACUCUGUUUAUAAGGGAGCCAUUUGAUAUCGAGGUAAUGACAUUUGUACAUAUAAUAAAGAUGGAAGCCUCCCAGCCUUCAAUUUUAUGUAUUCAAAUUUACUUCUGCCUUGUUCAACUAAUCAAAAUUUUGCAUCAAAAUCGAUCCAAAAGUUGGACAACACAUAAUUACGCAAGCGAAGCCAAAACAAGAGAAUGAAGUAUUCAUAAUUCACCAUUUUAUGGACGUUGUUGAAUAAACUAAGUCCUACAAGAAGAUAGAAUACCAAUCUCCCUGUAAAUUGGUGAACUACUGGUAGCGGAAACGUUAAGUUGGUGACUACUUGGUUCAACAAGGUAUCGAUGUAACUUUUCAAACAAAUAAGCGCAGAGGAGGGUAAGUGAACCUCCAAGAAGAAGGUGGUGAGCAUAAUACGACUUGGGUCUGCUUUUAAAAGCAAACAUAACUAUUUAAACGAGACUGAUUCAAGGGAGCUUUUGGAAGAGAUUCAAGUAGUGUAUGGAUCAAAAUCUGACAAGCAAGCUUCGCUUGAGGUAGGUGUAGUACCAACUCUUCGAUUAACAUGUUAUUUGUUGUAUGCUGAUGAGUGAGUUAUUAAAUUAAGAGCAAACUUUGCGAGUACUAUUUUCAUCUCUUUUCAAGAACUAUACGACAAUAGUGUAAACCUUGCUAAUUGAAAGAAAGAAGAUCCAUCUUGAUCAAGCCUUGAUAAAAGGAGAAUGAUGAAUAUUUAGGGUAAGAACGAAAGGGGAAUAGAAUAAAUCGGAGUAUGGGAUAAUGAAAGAGAGUUUUCAUAGAGGUGGAACUCAAGAGAGGAAGAAUGGUGGCAAACUGGCAAGUAUAGGAGGUUAAAGUCUGUAGGGAGACUCAAUUGUAGACUAAAGAGUGCUACUAUUACAAAAAGAACAACACAUUUAAUGGAUUAUUAUUGUAUGAAGCAGUUUUUUUUU